UGGCCUUCGCAGUCGAGCAACCCCAUGAAGCGAUCUUAAUGGUUUUAGCCUGUCGCUUCCAUUGCAGAGAUUGGACCGGGCAUUAAAAAGUAGUCCCCAACCGCAUUUCCGCGGAGGAAUCCAGGGGUGGGCGGGGCUUCCGAUGACUAUAUAAAGAGACGCCUCGCGUCCCGCAGCUAGUUCCGUCGAGACCGCGAGUUCCGUCUCUAUUCUUUUGUGAGGACUGCUGCCACCACCGCUGACAAUGCAGAUCUUUGUGAAAACCUUAACUGGUAAGACCAUCACCCUGGAGGUCGAGCCCAGUGACACCAUUGAGAAUGUCAAGGCAAAGAUCCAGGACAAGGAGGGCAUCCCCCCUGACCAGCAGAGGCUGAUCUUUGCAGGCAAACAGCUGGAAGAUGGCCGCACCCUGUCAGACUACAACAUCCAGAAGGAGUCUACCCUGCACCUGGUCCUGCGCCUCAGAGGGGGCAUGCAGAUCUUUGUGAAGACCCUGACAGGCAAGACCAUCACCCUGGAGGUCGAGCCCAGUGACACCAUUGAGAAUGUCAAGGCAAAGAUCCAGGACAAGGAGGGCAUCCCCCCUGACCAGCAGAGGCUGAUCUUUGCAGGCAAGCAGCUGGAAGAUGGCCGCACCCUGUCAGACUACAACAUCCAGAAGGAGUCCACCCUGCACCUGGUCCUGCGCCUCAGAGGGGGCAUGCAGAUCUUUGUGAAGACCCUGACAGGCAAGACCAUCACCCUGGAGGUCGAGCCCAGUGACACCAUUGAGAAUGUCAAGGCAAAGAUCCAGGACAAGGAGGGCAUCCCCCCUGACCAGCAGAGGCUGAUCUUUGCAGGCAAGCAGCUGGAAGAUGGCCGCACCCUGUCAGACUACAACAUCCAGAAGGAGUCCACCCUGCACCUGGUCCUGCGCCUCAGAGGGGGCAUGCAGAUCUUUGUGAAGACCCUGACAGGCAAGACCAUCACUCUGGAGGUCGAGCCCAGUGACACCAUUGAGAAUGUCAAGGCAAAGAUCCAGGACAAGGAGGGCAUCCCCCCUGACCAGCAGAGGCUGAUCUUUGCAGGCAAGCAGCUGGAAGAUGGCCGCACCCUGUCAGACUACAACAUCCAGAAGGAGUCUACCCUGCACCUGGUCCUUCGCCUCAGGGGGGGCAUGCAGAUCUUUGUGAAGACCCUCACAGGCAAGACCAUCACCCUGGAGGUCGAGCCCAGUGACACCAUUGAGAAUGUCAAGGCAAAGAUCCAGGACAAGGAGGGCAUCCCCCCUGACCAGCAGAGGCUGAUCUUUGCAGGCAAGCAGCUGGAAGAUGGCCGCACCCUGUCAGACUACAACAUCCAGAAGGAGUCCACCCUGCACCUGGUCCUGCGCCUCAGAGGGGGCAUGCAGAUCUUUGUGAAGACCCUGACAGGCAAGACCAUCACCCUGGAGGUCGAGCCCAGUGACACCAUUGAGAAUGUCAAGGCAAAGAUCCAGGACAAGGAGGGCAUCCCCCCUGACCAGCAGAGGCUGAUCUUUGCAGGCAAGCAGCUGGAAGAUGGCCGCACCCUGUCAGACUACAACAUCCAGAAGGAGUCCACCCUGCACCUGGUCCUGCGCCUCAGAGGGGGCAUGCAGAUCUUUGUGAAGACCCUGACAGGCAAGACCAUCACUCUGGAGGUCGAGCCCAGUGACACCAUUGAGAAUGUCAAGGCAAAGAUCCAGGACAAGGAGGGCAUCCCUGACCAGCAGAGGCUGAUCUUUGCAGGCAAGCAGCUGGAAGAUGGCACCCUGUCAGACUACAACAUCCAGAAGGAGUCUACCCUGCACCUGGUCCUUCGCCUCAGGGGGGGCAUGCAGAUCUUUGUGAAGACCCUCACAGGCAAGACCAUCACUCUGGAGGUCGAGCCCAGUGACACCAUUGAGAAUGUCAAGGCAAAGAUCCAGGACAAGGAGGGCAUCCCCCCUGACCAGCAGAGGCUGAUCUUUGCAGGCAAGCAGCUGGAAGAUGGCCGCACCCUGUCAGACUACAACAUCCAGAAGGAGUCCACCCUGCACCUGGUCCUGCGCCUCAGAGGGGCAUGCAGAUCUUGUGAAGACCCUCACAGGCAAGACCAUCACCCUGGAGGUCGGAGCCCAGUGACACCAUUGAGAAUGUCAAGGCAAAGAUCCAGGACAAGGAGGGCAUCCCCUGACCAGCAGAGGCUGAUCUUUGCAGGCAAGCAGCUGGAAGAUGGCCGCACCCUGUCAGACUACAACAUCCAGAAGGAGUCCACCCUGCACCUGGUCCUGCGCCUCAGAGGGGGCAUGCAGAUCUUUGUGAAGACCCUGACAGGCAAGACCAUCACCCUGGAGGUCGAGCCCAGUGACACCAUUGAGAAUGUCAAGGCAAAGAUCCAGGACAAGGAGGGCAUCCCCCCUGACCAGCAGAGGCUGAUCUUUGCAGGCAAGCAGCUGGAAGAUGGCCGCACCCUGUCAGACUACAACAUCCAGAAGGAGUCUACCCUGCACCUGGUCCUUCGCCUCAGGGGGGGCAUGCAGAUCUUUGUGAAGACCCUCACAGGCAAGACCAUCACUCUGGAGGUCGAGCCCAGUGACACCAUUGAGAAUGUCAAGGCAAAGAUCCAGGACAAGGAGGGCAUCCCCCCUGACCAGCAGAGGCUGAUCUUUGCAGGCAAACAGCUGGAAGAUGGCCGCACUCUGUCAGACUACAACAUCCAGAAGGAGUCCACCCUGCACCUGGUCCUGCGCCUCAGAGGGGGCAUGCAGAUCUUUGUGAAGACCCUCACAGGCAAGACCAUCACCCUGGAGGUCGAGCCCAGUGACACCAUUGAGAAUGUCAAGGCAAAGAUCCAGGACAAGGAGGGCAUCCCCCCUGACCAGCAGAGGCUGAUCUUUGCAGGCAAGCAGCUGGAAGAUGGCCGCACCCUGUCAGACUACAACAUCCAGAAGGAGUCCACCCUGCACCUGGUCCUGCGCCUCAGAGGGGGCAUGCAGAUCUUUGUGAAGACCCUGACAGGCAAGACCAUCACUCUGGAUGUCGAGCCCAGUGUUAACACCAAGAAGGUCAAACAGGAAGAUACUCGUACCUUUCUCACCACAGUAUCUAGAAAGAGCCCUUCUUGUGCUUGUUCUUGGGUUUGAUGGGGAGGUGUCUUAGUUUUCCCUAUCUUUUAAGCUGUUAACAAGUUUCAUUGCACUUUGAAUAAAGUUCUUGCAUUCCCAAAA